UUCACGUUAAAACCGCCAUCCCAGAAAUUAUUCUCUCUCAGACAUCUUCAGUUUAGGCACCGAACCAUGUAUAAUCACCAUCCACAAGAGCAGGAGAUGGAUUCGCCAUCUCCCGCACCAUCGGCGCCGCCGGAACCACCAACGCCACCUUCACCGUUUCGUCAGCGGCCACCACACUCCGGCCAAUUGGCCAGUGAUUAUUUCGCCGAUGGCAUUGAUCCGUACAUGGAGUUGUAUGAACUAAAGAAGGCACGCGAGGACCUGGAGGAAGAACCGGCCCCGAUCAGUUCCGGCGGCAACGGCGGCGGGGCCGGCUUAUCGGCCAAACCCUCACCAUCUCCAGCCCCUUGGUCCACUGGUCUUUGCAACUGUUGCGACGACUUCAGCAGUUGUUGCUUAACAUGUUGGUGUCCGUGCAUUACAUUUGGGCGAAUCGCGGAAAUGGUCGAUAGGGGAUCAACUUCGUGCGGGGUGAGCGGCGCAAUGUAUGCGCUGGUAAUGUGCGUGACGGGGUGUCCGUGCCUGUAUUCGUGCUUCUACCGGUCCAAGCUGCGGGGACAAUACUUCUUGCGAGAGAGGCCGUGCACCGAUUGCUGCGUCCACUGUUGCUGCGAGGAAUGCGCCCUUUGCCAAGAGUACAGAGAGCUCAAGAGCCUUGGCUUUGAUCCUUCCAUAGGUCCCCUCUCUCUCUCUCUCUCUCUCUUGACCGCUCAAGUGUUAUUUUGUUGUGGUUCACGAAUUAACAGCAAUACGAAUACAACGAAAUCCUUAUUACGACGAGCAACGGUUCUGGAGGAAAAUAGGCAGAUGUCUUGUAUGCACAUUUUGAUACGUCGAACAUGGCAUGACGAUAUUGCUUGUUUUUGAAAUCUGAAACUUUGCUGUGAAAAUUUGAUGUUCUCGUAUGUCGACUGAGCUUGUGAUGGGUUCAAAUGCGAAUAGGUUGGCACGGUAACAUGGAAAGGCAGAGACGGCUUGGUGCGGCGCCUCCCGGUGUGGAGAAGGGUAUGAAGCGGUAGGACAUGUUAGAAAUAAAAGGACUGAGUAGGCUUUGGAUUGUUUCAGGACCAAUGUGCACUAAGUUUUGUUUCGUGAAAAGAUGGCUAGUUCGGUUCAUUGCUCGACCAUCAUGGUUAUCGGUAGCUAUCUUUCUCAAAUUAACAAUGGUUUGUUUUCUCUUUACUGUUUCAAUAUGUAUAGAAGAAUAUCAGAUUCUUCAAAUUCAUAAAACAUUUGAUUCUA